AUGAUUGGGCAGGACAAGGCAGAGAAUUUCGGUUUGCAUAAUCUUUACUCGUUGAUUAUCAAAAAUGCUGGAGUGCCAUCGAUACCCGAGGAAAUGCUUUUGUACACACCCAAUUUAAUGACAUUGGAAUUAAGUGGAAAUGAGCUUCAAUUCGAACCCUACUCAAUAAGGACAUUACGAAGCCUGGUUCAACUGGAUCUCAGUAACAAUUCGAUCACCCUUUUCACAACAGCAUUUAUACCAUUAACAAAUCUGACUGUACUGGCUAUGGAUAACAACAAACUUACCACUAUUGAUUUCCGAAGGUUGCCAGAAUAUUUGACAGAUCUUUCGCUUCGGAACAACCUCAUCGGCACUGUUCAUUAUGCUCCGGAAAGUGCAAGGAAUCUUAAACGAAUCGAUCUUGCCGGAAAUCUGAUGGAAUUCGUUGAUGGUAAUGGACCGGUGAAUAAGCUUCCACCUUCAGUGAAGCAAGUCGAUGUGUCACGUAACCGAAUAGCCUACAUCAAGGAGGGUGCUUUCGGACAUAUGAAAAAGCUGGGCCUUCUCGAUCUAAGGUGGAACCUUUUGACAGAAUUGAACGAAGACUCCCUGAGCGGCCCACAAAACCAGUUGCGUGUAUUCCUUGAAGGCAAUCCAUUCCGAUGUCAUUGCGCACUGCGUUGGUUACUCCAUGCCAGGCAAAAGACUGCACCGGUUGUUCUCGAUCUACCCACUCUCACCUGUACUCAACUGCUGGAUGAAAGCCAAGUGCUAAGUUUAGUCAGUGCUGAUCGGACGAACCAGUUCACCUGCGAAUAUGAGACGCUCUGCCCAUCGUCGUGCACCUGUUGCGAGGAAAAGUUGUGCUCAUGUCGAAGUUCUUGUCCAGCUGAGUGUCAUUGCUACAGCUCGGCCAACACUGACAAACGGAAUAGCCAGAACACAGUGGUCUGCGAUAACCUACGACUGGAUCACUUGAGCGACAUUCCACACACAACUACCGAGCUACGUAUCGAUUCGGCCAAAUGGAAAUCGUGGGAUAUUGGAAAGUUCCAGGAGUCGUUGGCAUCCAUCAACACAUUGACACGUCUCCAACUCAGUUCCACCACAGUCUACAGAAUUCCACCGCAGUUUGGUCGCUUCACACAUCUACAGCUGGCUGAUAAUCAGUUGCCUGACCUGACUGCUGACGAUAUAAAAGUAGAAGAUCUUGAUGAGGUCCUCUGCUUUUUACCUUCAUUCGGAGUAGUUACAGUCAUCUCAACGUUACCAUCAAAUGAUUCCCUAUGUCAACAACGUGAAAAGGAUUCUCCCGAAACGGCACGAUGGUAUGACUUCGUGUCGAACGUCAACAGGAGGCGGAAUGAUUCACGAUAUGAGAAGGAAUCAGGACAUACUCAAGGAGAAGCGAGUGAAUCGAGACCUUUCUCACCUACGAGGCACGGAAUGAGCAGUUACGGCACUCAAAAAACAGCAAACUCUCACUCCUCGAUAAGACCAACUGGUUACACCUUCAAAGAACUGUCCCCGUCUACUUAUAAGUCCAAAGCAACGUCAUCGUCGUCAGCGUAUAUGGUAUCAGAUGAGACUUUUGAUGAGAAGAGUGGAAGUCCAAUGUCACCGACAUUCCUGACAGGACCGACUUCAGCUAAACUCAGCAGUACUGUCACAUUAACGACGGAGUCUACGACGACGCCACUGUUCACGACACCACGUCAACGUCGGAAGUACUCACGGGAUAACCAUCCAAAUGAGUUCCUCAACGCCUUGAUAUUCAUCUUAUUCGUUUGUGUUCUGAUCCUCAUCGUCACCAUCGCGUUCACUUUAUACUACAGAUUCAUUCGUAUCGGUCGUGGAUCAAAGCAACACAGACACUCAGCAGAAGCUGCACCAUUGAAUGGGGUGAAUGGGGUGCAAAGUAUGGAUGGUGAAUCGACGCAGAACAAACCUCCACCAGAAGCAUUGCCACUGAAUGGAGUGCAGGCCUGA